GUCGUAGCGGAAGCCCGGCAGCGAAUGAGCGCGGGCGGCUGCGGCCUUAGCCUCGUUGUCGGCGCGUGCGCGGGCCCCCGAAACCCUGGCGGAGCGCAGCGCGAAUGGAGGCCUGAGGGCGGCGGGGGCGGGGCGUGCCGCGAGCGGGGGCCUUGGCCGCGGCGGGCGCCGUCUAGAGGAGGCCCGGCGGUCCGCCACCACGCACUCGGGAGCCGUGAAGCGCAGGCGGGUCACGCCGUGGGCCGCGGCGGCGAUGCAGCGACGACGGCGCUCUCCGCCCGCGUCUCAACCGGCCCAGGACGGCGGGCGAAGCGAGGAGGUGGAGGUGCAGUUCUCCGCCGGGCGUUUGGGCUCGGCCGCGCCUGCCGGGCCCCCCGCGCGCGGCACCGCCGAGGACGAGGAGCGGCUGGAGCGCGAGCACUUCUGGAAGGUCAUCAACGCGUUCCGCUACUACGGGUAAGGCGCGCCCGCCGUCGCAGUCUCGGGGCCGUCCUCGUGGCUGGUUCGCGGAGCCCACGGUCACCUGCGCGCGGUCCUAGGGGACUGCUCCCACCUCACCCGGAGCCGCCAGAACGAGCGUGCACUUUUUGUAGAGAACUGAAUGGUGCUGCUGAGUGGCUCUGACCGGAUGGUGGAGGGUAGAAGUGAUCCCGGAAUUCCAAAAUGUGCAGCUUGGUAAGGAAAAGAGAGCAGGCACCGGAGCCGGCUUUAUGUUUUCUUGUAGUGUGCGACACCAGUAUGCACGAACGAGUGAACAGAACAGAAAGACAGUUUCGAUCACUUCCAGAUAACCAGCAGAAACUGCUUCCCCAGUUCCCUCUUCACUUGGACAAGAUCCGGAAAUGCAUUGAUCAUAAUCAGGAAAUACUGCUGACCAUUGUCAAUGACUGCAUACAUAUGUUUGAAAAUAAAGAAUAUGGAGAAGAUGCCAAUGGAAAGAUUAUGCCAGCAUCUACAUUUGACAUGGAUAAGUUAAAAUCUACACUGAAACAGUUUGUAAGAGACUGGAGUGAAACUGGGAAAGCAGAAAGGGACGCCUGCUAUAAACCAAUCAUUAAAGAGAUUAUCAAAAAUUUUCCAAAAGAGAGAUGGGAUCCUUCUAAAGUAAAUAUUCUGGUACCUGGUGCUGGACUAGGAAGAUUGGCCUGGGAAAUAGCUAUGCUAGGUUAUGCUUGUCAAGGAAAUGAAUGGAGUUUUUUUAUGCUCUUUUCUUCCAACUUUGUACUCAACAGAUGUUCUGAAAUUAACAAAUAUAAACUUUAUCCCUGGAUCCAUCAGUUUAGCAAUAAUCGGAGAUCAGCUGAUCAGAUUCGACCCAUUUUUUUCCCUGAUGUUGACCCCCACAGUCUUCCUCCUGGUUCUAACUUUUCGAUGACAGCAGGAGACUUUCAGGAGAUUUACUCGGAAUGCAAUACCUGGGACUGUAUUGCCACCUGUUUCUUCAUAGACACAGCUCACAAUGUAAUUGAUUAUAUCGAUACAAUAUGGAGGAUACUCAAGCCAGGUGGAAUUUGGAUAAAUCUUGGUCCUUUACUAUACCAUUUUGAAAACCUGGCAAAUGAACUGUCUAUAGAAUUGAGCUAUGAGGAUAUUAAAAAUGUUGUUCUGCAGUAUGGAUUCCAGCUAGAGGUGGAAAAAGAAUCGGUAUUGUCAACAUAUACUGUGAAUGAUCUCUCUAUGAUGAAAUACUACUAUGAAUGUGUUUUGUUUGUGGUCCGGAAGCCACAAUAAUGGUCUUAAGUGGUAUUACCCAGAAAAACAUUUAAUGAGAGUAAAUGCUGAAAUAAACAACUCACAGUCAACUGUCAGUGAUAACAGACACAACCUCAAAUCAGUGGUGCCUUCUUAUUCCUAACAAAAUUUACAAAGUGUCUAUUUUCUUAAUGAUGUCUAUUGCUUUUUUCAGAAAUAUACUAUACCAUGCAAAUUUAUACCACACAAGUUAAAAAAAAAAGGAAGACAAUAUCUCCCAUGCAGAUAUCUUAUGGAGGAACUAUCUUCAAGUACUUCUUUCUUUGAAGCCCCGAAUUGUCUUUCUUUAAGAAAGUAAACAUAAAUUCUAGUUUUCAUGAAGCUACUGCAAGUCUGCCAUAUUAGUGACUGACCAUACUAAAGUCCAUAAUGAUCUCCUUUUCGUGUCUAGCAUUGCCUGUGUUACUUUUAAAAGGAUCUUCUGUCAUCUUUAACGUCUGGAACUGGAAUUGUUCUCAUUGGACCUAAGUAAAGUAUACUUAGAGAAUUAAACUAUUCUUUCAUCAUUCAAAUUAGUUUUUUUUUUUAGCUCAGCUGCAUUUAGAGAACAUCAAAUAUGUCAUGUAUGAAAUGCUAAAUCAGUUAUCUCACAGGUUGAAAUUCAUGAAAUACAGUAUCAGAGAAAGUCUUUGUCUAUGUUAAACUGAAUGUUAUAUUAAUCCCUGGAUCCCUUUGAAAUGUAUAAAUAUCAAUAUUCGGAGGUCCAAAAGCUUCUUUUAUAAAGCAGUGUUAAGAAACUGGAAAAAAAAGAAUAAAAUCUGUCCAUCUGAAAUACAUAAUUUUGAAUUAGAAAUUAAUUACAAAGUUUGUCAGUGUGAUGUUUACAAUGAUGUUUAUAAAGUAUGUGGCUUAUGAAAGCAAGCACUUUUUUAGUUAACAUGUAUUCUAGUAAAAAUUAUGAUAGAAUUGAUGUGAGAAGUUCUGAGUAUGAAAUUCAGGGAUAAAUUUAUGCCUGUGGUCUGUGUGUUCAGUAUCCUAGGCACCAGCCAUUCAUGGAAUUUCAGAUUAAUACUAAUUUUGUCCCUGAUAGAGUUGGAGUUGAAACAGUGUGUGCUGCUUUAAUUUUCUACCUCUAGGGAGGCCUGCUCAGAGGGAGUUUUCCUUGUUAGCUUCAAUGCUUGUUAUUCUGUUUCCAUUAGCUAGGAAAGCAGAGGUGGACAGUGUUUUAACUUCUACAAGAAAAGAAAGUUCUUGCUGAGUGAAAGUUUCACAAAUGUGUGACCUCUGUGACAUCUGGAUUAGAUGAAUUUACUAUGUAUUGGUGACAUAACUGCCUUGUUGCCAUGCUUGAAUAGGAAGCCUUAAGUCUUUGAGCCUUUGUGUUGCUUAGGUUUGAGAGUCAAUAGGAUCUGGUAUCUUUCUAGGUGAGAGUUGUACACAGUAUGGGAAUUUUGUCAUCUGUCCUUCCAUCAUGCAGUACAUGGCUCCACAGAGCAAAUUUUACUUCUUAGGCUAUAUAAAUCCAUAGUCUAGUUUUCUUUUAAAAUCAUUUCUUGUUCUUCCAUUGCUCACUACUUUACAAAUGUUCAUUUGAUGGAAAUUCUUAUCACUAUGUAUAAAGGGGGGAAAUGGGGAAAUAUUCUCUCAGAAUUAUUUUUUUAAGGGGAAAAAAAAACCUAACCUAAAAGAAAUGUAUUUUAAAAGUCAUCCAGUGAAGAGCAAGGAAUGCAUGCUUUUUAAGUUGCUAUGUAGGAAUGCUUUUAAGAUAAGAACAGACUGACACCAGAGGGUUAGUUUUGUUACCUAAGGAUUUUUUUUUCUGUUAUGUUUUACUCUUUAAUAUUAUUACUUACAUUUCUAAAUUAUGUAUUUUACUUAACUCUGAAAUCAUUUAUUUCAUUUAUUUUUUUCUUCAUAUCAUGAAUAUUUAAAAAAUAUUCCUUAUAAAUUUGCAUCAUUUUUUCUCUUGUGGCUUUUGAAGUUAAUAUAUUCUAAACUUGAAAAUAUAGUAUCAAUAAUAGAAGUGUCAUUGGAGGAGUUUAAUUUUGUAUUUUUUAUACUUAGGUCUAGCUAUUAACGUGUAUAAGCCUUGCAAUUUAAAAAUUUUUUUUCUUAAAUUAGUGCUAUACACAAAUGUUCUCAUUUUAAUAAGGUGAUCAUAUGCUUGCUGUUUUUAAAUUUACAUUUUCUGAGGUGAUGAAGAUUUGGGUUCUGAUCAAUGAGCAAGAUAGGGCAUAUAAAAUAUACAGGGAGGCUGCUGAACUCACAGUAUGAAAUGAUCAUGUCUGGGAACUGUACAGUGUAUGGGAUUUAUAUGUAAUUCACAUUCUAAAUGUCGCUAGAAAGGUUGAAUUGGAAGCUUCAUGUCUGCAUGAAAUUUCCUAUAUUUUUAAUGUGUAUAUGGACUUAAUUUUACUUUAAAUAUUAAAGUCUACCAAUUGCUACAACA